AUGAAAAUCACUCUCAUUAAAUUUAUAAUCAUCACCAAUAUACUUAAUUCUAGAAGUUAAUUCAUGCUUAAUUUCCCUAGUAAAUUAAAGAAACUUAUUAAUUAAUAUAUUAGCAAAAUUGAACUUUUAAAAGCAAUCUAAAAAAUAGACCUGUAUAUUUGCAUAAAUCAAAUAAAAUAUUAGAAGAAAACUUUAUAUAGUAAAUGUAACUCUUUUAAAAAUUAAUUGAAAAAGAAAAUCGUAUGAUGUAUAAAGAGUAGAUAAAGCAUCCAUUUCUUAAGCCUUAAAUUAUUUAAAUGAAUAUAAUCCUAUUCAAUCAUUAACUAUUCAAGUUGAGAUCAUAAAAAAAAGAAUUAGAAAAAUGA